AAAAAAAAAGAAUUUUCUCGUAAGAGUUUUUUAGAUGUAAAAGUAAUUUCACUUUAAAUAAACGUACGCUUUAAGGCAGAAAGAAGGUAAAAGAACCAAGGAGCAAUUUGUUUACUAUCUCCAAUAGGUGGAGAAAAAGACGAAAGGGUGAUGUUAAUGUGGAACCGGAAUCACCAAUGAAACCAAAAAGAUGGAAAAAAGUUUUUGUUUUGAUCCAAAAGCAGCCAAAAACAUUUUGGUCAUUGGAUUAUUUUGGAAUUCAAUUUUUUUCUUUUUGAUAUUAAUAUAUAUUAUAUAAAUAGACAGGCCUUAAAGUAAGGAAUCUUUGGUUUUUUUUGCUAUGCGUAGUGUCGUUGAUUCCGGAUUGACUCCGACCUUAGCCUUGAAGGUUUCUUGGUUUACAUAAGAUAAAUAAUUGCCUUGGCUUUGGCUUUACUGUGUCCUGUGUCUACAACUUCAGAACAGGUGGAUUCAGGGAGUUAUCAAAUUGGGUGAUCAGAGGAGAGAGAUCAUUAAACAACUCUUGGUAACAGCAUGGCUAAUGAUGAUGAUACCAUAUAUGUUGCCGUAGGAGAAGAUGAAGCAAGUGAGCUCACUUUGUUAUGGACAUUGCAUUAUCUUUGUCCUCUCCAAGUUUGCAUUCUUUUUGUUCAUCAGCCUUCCAAAAUGAUCUCCUACAAUUCUCCAUCCCCUGGUGGAGUUGGUGGGGAUUCAGAUGAUAUCAUGUUUGACCAACGGCAACUCGGGGGUCUAGACGAAGUUGGAAAGAAAAUGAUGCAACGGAUCAUGGAUGAGUACCAUCUUAUUUGCAGUCAAUUCGGGGUCAGUGCAACAAGCGUAUAUAUUCAGAGGGACGAUGUUGCAAAGGGGCUUGUGGAACUGAUUCACCGGCACAAUAUCAAGAAGCUGGUCAUGGGAGCAGCAGCUGACGUGCACUUUUCAGAGGAAAUGUGGCUCAUGUCUGGGAAAGCACAAUAUGUGAACGAAAAUGCACCGCUUUCCUGUCAAAUUUGGUUCAUCUGCAAUGAGCACGUUAUCCACACAAAGUCUGAAACUGGGCAAUCAUCAAAUGCACUAAGUCCAUCUGGUUCCAGUUAUUUGACAAGCUCUAGUGAUGCUGCUGGUAUUUUAGACUCGACUGUGUUUGAGGAAAGAGGGCAUAGUGAAUGUGAGCUUGAGCCAUAUGUAUUGCUUCACUCUGGAGAGGCAAAAGCAUUUGAAAGGAUGAACAAUGAAUGCAAGAGAGAAGCUGCGGCAGCACUAACAAAACAGAAUAAGGACCUUGAAAAGAUGAAGAGGCAGAGAGAUGAAGAGCAUUUAGCUGCCAUGGAACAAAAGUCUAUGCUGGAAAGCCAAGUUACCUACUUAGAUUACAAGAUGAAACAUUUGGAAGAUAAGUUGUCAUCAGCUAUGGAGCAUUUACAAAUUUCACAAAAAGAACGAGAUGAUUUAAAAGUAGAACUUGAAAAUACUCGCAAUGUAAAUGAAGAGCUUUUGAGAAAACAAGAAGAAGAGACCUCAAGCACAAGUAUGGAGCCACCCUUUGCGGAGUUUUCCUUCUCAGAGCUUCAGGAAGCCACUGAGAACUUUCACCUAUCCUUUAAGAUUGCAGAUGGCAGUCGGGGGAGCGUAUACUAUAAAUGUGUCCUUCGUCACAUUGAGGUGGUUGUAAAGGUGCUCGGCCGAAAUAGCUUACAAGAUCCCUCUGAAUUCCAACAGGAGGUUGAUGAUUUGAGUAAACCGAGGCAUCCAAACCUAGUAACUCUCAUUGGAGCGUGCCCUGAUAUAUGGGCUCUAAUCUAUGAAUAUGUUCCUAAUGGAAGCCUUGAAGAUCGUUUGAACUGCAGGAAUGACACACCGCCGCUGUCAUCACAAACUCGGAUACGUAUAGCCACUGAGCUAUGCUCUACUCUCAUGUUUUUACAUUCCAGUAAACCGCAUAGCGUAGUGCAUGGCAACUUGAAACCUGGGAAUAUUCUCCUUGAUGCCAACUUUGGCUGCAAACUUAGUGACUUUGGAGCCCGCCGUGCACUCUCUCUGCUGGAAAACUCAAGCAACGAGCAUCCUUACCUUGAUCCUGAUUUUCUUAAUACAGGAAGAUUAUCUCACAGUUUAGACUUAUACCCGUUUGGCAUUAUACUAUUACAGUUACUGAGUGGGAGAUCAACUCAGGGUAUAGCUGAGACUGCAAAAAAUGCAGUACUAAAUGGAGGAAAUCUGAAUUCCUUCCUAGAUCCUUCUGCCGGAAACUGGCCACACCAAGUUGCACGGUUGACUCAUUUGGCUAUAAGAUGCUGUGACAUAAACCGAUGCAGUCGACCGGAUCUUGCCUCAGAGGUUUUGGAGGUGCUUGAAACGAUGAGACCUUCUUCUGGAGCCUCAUUAUCGUCCCUUCCUGAGUCUGAUGAAGAUAAUCGUGAGCCUCCAUCUUAUUUCAUUUGUCCCAUCUUACAGGAAGUUAUGACGGAUCCGUAUGUGGCAGCGGAUGGUUAUACUUACGAGGCUACGGCAUUGCAGGAAUGGCUGGCCGACCAUGAUACCUCUCCUAUGACAAACCUUAGGCUUCCACAUGACAAUCUUAUUCCUAACUAUCCUCUUCGUUCUGCUAUUCAGCACUGGCAGCAAAAUCGUUAAAAUUGUAUUUUGUUCCAGUAACACGUUUCACUGGUCUCCACCUAGUUUCCCAUGUAUAUAUUAUAUUGUUUUUUCAUCCUUAGAUUUUUCUCUUCUUUUUGGUCAAGAUGCUCUUCCUUAUUUAUAAAAGAGUAUAAUGGUGUAGAAGAGUCCUAUAUGUUGAUUGUAUAUACUAUUUCAGAGUCAAGAAACGACUUUUAUAGAACAAAGAGUGUUAUAUAUAAAAUUAAAAUGAGUCCUAUGUGUUGAUUGUAUAUACUAUUUCAGAGUCAAGAAGCGAUUUUUAUAGAACAAAGAGUGUUAUAUAUAAAAUUAAAAUAUAUAGAUCUUGCUGCCUCAUUGCUGGUGCCUCAAUGAAGUUGCCACGGUACAACUGUUUUUGUUAUGAUAUAGAGCAUCGAAAAUUUUCCUUCGUGCUUAGCUCUAAUUGGUGCCUUAUGCAUCUAACGUCCUAGUGUUCUGUCAUUUGUUCUGUCAUUUUAAACGGAGUGUUAACUCAGAUUUAUACGCGGGCAUACAUUCGCUCAAAAGACAACAUAAGGUUAGUCGGAUGAAACAUACCACUCGUACAAAAGAUCACACUUAACU